GGAACAUGACGGAGUGUCCGGGCCACUUUGGCCACAUCGAGCUGGCCAAGCCCGUGUUCCACGUGGGAUUUUUGGGCAAAACCAUGAAAAUCCUGCGCUGCGUCUGCUUCUUCUGCUCCAAGCUGCUCGUGGACUCGAACAACCCCAAGAUCAAGGACAUCCUGGGCAAGUCCAAGGGGCAGCCCAAGAAGAGGCUGACCCACGUCUACGACCUGUGCAAGGGCAAGAACAUCUGCGAGGGGGGCGAGGAGAUGGACCACAAGUUCGGGGUGGAGCAGCCCGAGGGCGACGAGGACCUCACCAAGGAGAAGGGCCACGGCGGCUGCGGGCACUACCAGCCCCUGUUGCUAGUCCCAAUACUUCCCAUUUUUCCCCCCA